AUGUCCCAAAGUUUCCGGCCCCUGGCUUUGAUACUGUCUGUUGGUAAAAGCCCAAGACCUCCCGAGUCCCCUCCCCCUUAUCGUAAUGCUACUCCCGCCAUCUACAGUCUUCUCGGCCUUCGUUCGUCUAAAGAUCAUUCUACAUAUCCAGAUAUGCAGUUCAGUUUUGUUCUGGGCGUUUUCUAUGUGCUUUUGCAGCCAGCAAUGGCUCAAGAGGGUGUGUGCUGGGGUGUCGAUGGCAAGCAGUGGACCAACAACAAACAGUGCCCAGGUUCCUCGGCGUGUUGCGGUGAGGGGGCAACUUGCAUGCCAAAUCGACUCUGCAAGAACAAAGGACAAGGAGAGAAUGAGUUCGUGAGAGGUCCAUGUGCCGUUGCACCAUACGAUAAGAAGAAAUGCGCUGCCAUUUGUCUUUACGGCAACAUUGAGGAUGACGCGGCUUCUUCAAUUGUGUCUUUGAUCGAGACCACCUCUUCAACUGAGACAACACCAACUACGAUCAUUGCUACCUCCACAACGACCUCCUCCGACCCGAGCCCUACGUCAGGCGAUACGGAAGAAACGAAUGCUGGGACGAUCGACAAUAGUCAGGCCAUGAAGAUCGGACUUGGUGUUGGUGUCCCGGCCGCUGCCAUAAUCGCAGGCCUAUCUGUCUGGCUCUUCCUUCGCAAUAGGACAGUCAAGCGUCAAGACCAGAGCACCGCUACCUCGCAUCCCCCGAUAAACCAUUACCCACAACCGGGGGUGCCAGACCUUUCCCAGGCGCACUUAUACCAGCAACAAUAUCCUCAGGCAUAUGGGCACUAUCCUGAAGUUGGCGACCAAAGAAGAACAAAGUCCCCUGUAACCAUACAAGAGCUCCAAGGCUGA